AUGGAGAUAUCCGUCACAGUAAACUAUCUUCUCUCCCAUCUUUACACCAAACUGCCUCGACGUCGAGUGGACAGCUUUGGUGAAGAGUUGGAACAACGCCUUCGCCUUAAAUAUCCAUACCUCUGGCAACCGGAUCGACUGAAUUGUGACGCCCAUCAGAAGUGUGUCAACUUCACUGGAGCACAACUGGAGCUCCUCUUUCCUGAAGUUGCCAUGGCCAGUGGUCUAGAGUGGACCGAGAUACAGGCCUGUCUGCCGUGUGGUCUGAUGAUCUCCAUCGAUCCUGGCCAUGUGUCCUGUCAGUACACCUCAAGCGGCCAAUUCGCCUGUGAAAUGGCCAACACCACACUUUUCCUGUCGGCCACAUCUACUGCCUCUGAGGCUGUGGCAAACUCAGCCACAGCUUCAUCCAGUGCUCCCAACUCGGUCAACAUGAACGCCUACACGUCGAAUCAUCGCAGUUGCGCUGGUGGACUUACUCCGGCAUGGCAAAUGAUCGGCGGCCCUGAGAAGCCGGGACAGGGUCACUCGUCAGCCUCCUCUUCCGGAUACUCUUCAGCAUCUUCCGCCUCUUCGGCCUCUUCAGCCUCUUCGUCUUCGGCCUCUUCAGCCAGCAUGAAGCCCAGUCUACAGCAAAUCCGUCAGGUUCUCUACUCCGAGGGUGGGAUCGCCGAGUCAGCCAGUCACUUGGCCGAGGGGACUGAAAGUGUCUGGCGUAGAUGUUUCGAGGCUGAACAGGGCGACCACUUGGCGACGGCAACCGCUCUCAGCGUACUGGUCGACGCCGACGAGAUCGGCCAUCCGGAACCCAGUUAUCUGGACCCAUUCGACUGGCAGAGUGGAGAUGGUGUCGCGAGUCCUGGCGUCCCUGUGGGACUGACGCGUGAACAGAAAAUUCAACAUGCUUGGUGCCUGCUUCAGGACACCUAUUUUCCGCCUCUCGGCGACACACGAAGAAAUUCAAUGCUCAUCGGAGACGAUGGUUCGACAGGACAAUCACCUCUUGUGCUUGACGAGGCUGGAGACUGUUUGUCGGCUAACCAUAGUCUGGCCGAAGAUUACGCAACCAUGCGACCACUGAUCGCAGACAAGACGUCCGUCGGGCCGACCAGGUCGGAGACGGUCCAUUCAACAACUCCGGGCACAACUACAGGCUGGAUGGAGGCCAAGUCGACCGUCUACCCAAAUGAUGGUAUGACGACCAAAUCGACCACUGUCGAGGCGUUUCGUACACCCCUCACCAUCAACACGGCAUUGUCUGGUCUGCUGAUAGGCGGUCAGUUGUCUGGUCACCUCGCCAGUUCCCAGGCUCCUCCGAUCACGACCAUGUCGACAGUAUCCGGGCUUUCCGUCACCCAAGGCAAUGAGCUCAACUUUGCUACUCGCCUCCUCCGAGGUUCUGAGUUGCCCAGCAACCUUGGCACCAGCAGCUGCCUCUCACAGUCGACACAUCCUAGCCUUGCCCAACCACUCCCACCCGGACUAGGGUCAGGAAUGAUGUCUCUUUAUCCGCACAAGUCGACGUCCACGCCCAGCUUUACAGCGGCCGCGUUUGCACAGACAAAAUUUGGCUCAACCAAACUGAAGACGCAAUCGAAACGGCCCAAUCGUCUUCUAUCACCAACUGACUCGGGCGCAUCGCUUCUUAUGACUGGGCACACAAGUUUGUCUGCUGGACUUCCGAUAUUCUCCACUGAGUCGGGCGGUAUCAAAUCACCUCUGAUUGAACGUGUAAGUUGA